CUCCCAGUCCUCAUCUCCCUGCUGUUAUUUCCUGGUCCUUUAUCUCCCUGCUAUUAAUUUCCGUUUUCUUCAUCUCCCUUAUCCAUCAUCUUGUUCAUUGCCUCCCUGCUCAUCAUCUCCUGUCCUACACCUCCCUGUCCACCUCCCUGCAUCUCAUCUCCUGCUCCAUCCUUUCCCUGCUCAUCACCUCCUGUCCUUUUUCUCCCAGUCCAUCAUCUCCUGUUCCCUGUCCCCUCUUGCUCCAUCACCUUCCAGCCCAUCCCUUGUUGGGACGGCAGCACCAACACCCCGAAGGAUCCGUCGGAGCCCCCCGGGUGCCUCCAGCUCCCCCGACCCCUUUUUGGGAGCCUUUUCCCCCCGCACUGCCCGGGGGCGGCGGUGGCGGGGCGGGACCGGGGGCGGCCCCGGGCACGGUCCCCCAGGAGCGGCGGCGGGAGCGGCGGGGGCAGAGAUGCCGUACCUGCUCAUAAGCACCCAAAUCCGCCUGGAGGUUGGCCCUACCAUGGUGGGUGAUGAGCACUCGGAUCCCCACCUGAUGAGUAUCCUGGGGGCCACAAAGAGGACCACGCUGGGGAACAACUUCUGUGAGUACUACGUGAACGACGCUCCGCGCGUGGUCCUGGACAAGCUGGAGAGCCUCGGCUACCGCGUGGUCAGCAUGACUGGUGUGGGCCAGACCCUGGUCUGGUGCCUCCACAGGGAAUAACCAGGGAGAAUCCUGCAUUCCACCCAGACAGCAUCCUGCUGGAGAUCAUCUUGUAGGACUGGUGGCAAAUUUUUCCCCCUUAAUUCCCUCCUGUCCCAGACUCCAGGCACUCAGGCAGGGGGAGGAACGGCACAAAAGCAGAGUUGGACCCAGUGGAAUUUUGACAUCCCUGUUCCAUUUCCCAAGAGCAGAGGGAGAGAGGUAUGCCCAGAAUCAGGCAGAGGGAACAGAUGGCUCCAGUUCUGCCUUCAGCAGGAUGGCAGUCUGGCAUAUUCCAGCUUUUUACAUUUUAAUCAUGUGUUCAGCAUGCCCUGGAGGAAGCUCAGUAACAGCAGCCCUGUUUGCCUCCUCCUCAGGCUGUCCUGGAGAGCUCUGUGCCUUCUCCUGGGCCAGGGGGUUAGGGAGGGACACCAAGCAUGGACACCAUCCCAUCUCAUUCCUGAAAUCCAAGGGGGAACCACUAAAGCCACUCCCAGUGCUCCGAGAAUCCCUUCCCUCAGCAGCACCACCAAACUUCCAGAUCCCAGACUGCCAUCCAAGCCUAACAUGGGAUUCCCAAAAUAAACACAGAGAGGUUGUGUGACUCUUCCAGGUGCAGGCUGUAAUCCCAGCACUGCUGGAAUGUUUGGGACUGUGCACGGACCCUGCUGUGGGGGUAACACCAAUAAAACAUUGCUCCAAAGAGA